AUGGAGUCGACCGACAUUUUCGUCGGCGGCGAAGACAGCGGCGCGCGGCAAGUCAAGGUUUCGCCCGUCGUGCUCUUCAACGUCGCGGAUCACUAUCAGCGCCGCACGGACGACAAGCGUCGCGUGAUCGGGACUCUGCUGGGGCGCGUCAACGCCAAUGGCACGGUCGAGGUCACAAACUGUUUCCCGCUCCCGCAUUCCGAAAAGGUCAAGGAGUUCAAGGAGGUCGCCGUCGACAACAUUUACAACGAGACCAUGCACACCCUUCAUCGCCGCCUGAACACCACCGAGGAGCCAGUCGGCUGGUACGCCACGGGCACCGAGACCGACAUUUCUUCGGUCGUCAUCCACGAGUUCUACGCCCGAGAGUGCCGGAACCCUGUGCAUUUGCUCGUCGAUGCCGGGCUCGUUAGCGGCCGCUUCGACGUCAACGCCUUCGUCUCCACGGCGUAUCAGAUUAAUGAUCGCGCUCUCAGCUCGGAACUGCGCCCGAUUCCGGUCUGCAUGAAGCCCGGGAAGGCCGAGAAGGUCGGCCUGGAUGUCUUGUUCAAGAACCGUCGACGAGAGGAGGGGGACAAGUCGCUGCCGAUCAUGGCGUCGGAGAUUGAGAAUUUGGAAAAGUCCAUGGAACGUCUAUUGGAGCUCUUGGAUGUCGUCGGGAAGAACGUUGAUGCGGUCGUCGCGGGGGAGGUGGAAGGCAAUGUCACCACUGGCAGGUUCCUUGCCGAGACCUUGACCAUGGUGCCCAGAAUGAACGCAUCCGAUUUCGAACAGUUGUUCGGCGACAACAUGCGCGAUUUGCUCAUGGUCGCCUACCUAUGCAAGCUGACCCAAACACAGCUUAUUGUGGCUGAGAAGUUGUUGGCUAUUGAUACCACACCAAAGCAUUAG